UCAAUUGUAGCUGUCGUACAUGGCUUUGCCUACACAAGUUCGCAGGUCGAUUGAGCCUGUAAUACCGCGCUGUGCAUGGAAAAUCAACCCAAGCGUGGUUGCUGUAUACAUGGGUGAGACAAUCUCAUAUGCUCACGUGCAGCUCCUAGAUCGAGAAAACCACAGCAGCCAUUAUGGUCGCCUGCCCUAUCUACAUUGAACUGGACUGGAUCCCAGCUAACCUCCUCUCUCCUCUACGAGACCGUAGUAUUGACAUACCAAUCCCAAAAAAUCUUCUCCUGUCUAAGUUACCAUCAUCCGGGAUUUGUUGCUGCCUGUCGAUCACCGGGGAUCCCCGGGGGUCUUUUUCCAUGCACUCUCCCAUUGCACGAUCUACAAAAAGCACCGUUCGUCCUUCUCGACAUCCAUUAGUCAGAAGGCACCCACCAAACUAUCCUGCCAUGGCAUCGUCAUCUCAGGUGGCUCUCAGUAUAUCGGACUAUUUAAUUCAAACCUCAAAAGCAGUACUUCGAGCCUUUUGGGAGAAAAUUUUCCAUUUGUGUGAACAACCGUCCUGGGGAUGUUGUGACCGCUCACAUGCAAUUCCAUGUAUAGUGGUCAGUUUAUGCCUUAGGCAGACCGGUGAUCCUCUGACCUCAUCAAUAAGCAGGCCGCCGCGCAGCACAGACCAACACGCCAAACCUGCUUACCUCAGAUCGUACGAUUUAAACCACUUCUCCAACUGCGCGAAUUCCUUCGUCCUUUUGUUUUCUUUCUCUCUUGGUUCAAAUCGUUGUGCUUCCGCAAUGGGACCCGCGGACAAUGGUCGACCCAUGACUACCACUGCCCCUGACCCUCAACUCUCUACUUUGAUGUUGGUAGAGCGGGCGAAUGGCCACUGCGGGGCGGUAGUCUGGAUGGUUCAACUCCACACGGGGCGAACCCGGGUUCAAUGGUCACCUUUGGCUAUGGUACCUCGAUUGGCUUCUCGAACUAUGAUGACUCUUUCUCUAUGGCAUGAUGCAGGCUUUAGAUGUCUGCUAUGAGUGCUCCAUUCCAAAAUAUCAAGCUCAACAGUCUGAGUUCGGAGAGUACAAGUAGCUAGUCGGCGGUCGAUACUUGCAUGUGUUGUUGGAGAUUCAGAGAACGACAAGAUAUGUCUGUGCGUUGUCGGU